CCCAAUACGGAAGCGGUGGGGUCCCAGCGAUCUGACUGCGAGUGGAUCGGAACCAUGGGGGAGCCCUGGGCUGCUCGGGGCGCAGAAGGAGCGUCCACGCGACUGCCGCUGGUGCUCACCGCGCUGUGGGCCGUCGCCGUGGUCUUGGAGCUGGCCUAUGUGAUGGUGCUGGGGCCCGGGCCGCCUCCGCUGGGACCCCUGGCUCGGGCCUUGCAACUGGCGCUGGCUGCUUAUCAGCUUCUUAACCUGCUGGGCAACGUGGGACUCUUCCUGCGCUCCGAUCCCAGCAUUCGGGGCGUGAUGCUGGCUGGCCGCGGCCUGGGCCAGGGCUGGGCUUACUGUUACCAGUGUCAAAGUCAGGUGCCACCGCGUAGUGGGCACUGCUCUGCCUGCCGUGUGUGCAUCCUUCGUCGUGACCACCACUGCCGCCUACUGGGCCGCUGCGUGGGCUUCCAUAACUACCGGCCCUUCCUGUGCCUGCUGCUUCACGCUGCUGGUGUCCUUCUCCAUGUGUCAGUGCUGCUAAGCCCUGCCCUAUCAGCCCUGCUGCGGGCCCACUCAGCCGUCUACACGGUGGCUCUCCUGCUGUUGCCCUGGCUCAUGCUACUCACAGGCAAAGUGUCUCUGGCCCAGUUCGCCUUAGCUUUUGUGGUGGACACAUGUGUGGCGGGUGCACUGCUGUGUGGUGCUGGACUGCUUUUCCAUGGGAUGCUGCUGCUGAGGGGCCAGACCACAUGGGAGUGGGCUCGGGGUCAGCACUCCUAUGACCUGGGCACCAGCCACAACCUGCAGGCAGCCCUGGGUCCGCGCUGGGCCCUAGUCUGGUUCUGGCCUUUCCUAGCUUCCCCUUUGCCUGGAGAUGGGAUCACUUUCCAGACACCAGCUGAUGUGGGUCUUGUGGCUUCCUGAGUCCAGGUAGAGCUGACUAGGGAGGAAGGGAGCAGAGGAGGGAGCUGAAGAACUUGCUUUCAGCUUCUUGCCAGCCACAGGAAAGAGGCCAGGUCAGCCCUUUGUGCCUGUCGUGUGCAGCUCUAGCUCCCUCCUUGAACUUGUCCAGUGUGGCCUCUUCCAUAUUAGAGCUCAGACACUGCAACUCAGCCCCUUUUGGCAGAGGAGGGUCUGGCAAGGGGUCUACUUAGCCUGCCUGUCUGCCCCUCUACCAGGCUGGUUCUUGGCCUCCCCAAUCUUUUUUGGGUUCCUAUCCCUCACUUUAUCAUUUUGCUUGCUGUUUUCCAGUUCCCAUGCUUGUCAGGCCUGGAGACUACAGAAGACAUAAGACCCACCUAAUGGGUGGGAUCCAGGCAAGGAGAAUUCAAAUGUGCUCUAGAGGAUAACACUCCAAAGAAACUUCUCUGCAGCAGGGAUUUCCAGGGAGCUAUUGUAGCUCUCCUGUAUGUGGGUCCAGAGUUAGGAUCGUUGUUAUGUAAGAAACAUAAAGCUCUGCUAAGCCAUGUGACAAGACUGUGGGGUAAAAAUGUAGACUUUGCUGGCCUUAAACUCAAAGAAAUCCACCUGCUUAUGCUUUCUACUUUGUUUUUUUUUUUUCUUUUUAUACACGGGGUUUCUCUUCGUAGCCUUGGCUGUCUUAGAAACUUACUUUAUAAACUAACUGGCUUCAGAUUCAGAGAUGCACCUGCCUGUGCCUCCCAAGUGCUGGGAUUAAAGACGUGCACCACUACUACCCGGCUUUGCUUCUACUUUCUAAAAACAUGUUUUUUCAAGACAGGGUUUCUCUGUGCAGCCCAGGCUGGCCUCUAACUCCAGAGAUCUGCCUGUCUCUGCCUCCCAAAUGCUGGGAUUAAAGGUGUGCAUUACCACUGCCCGGCGUGGCUUCUGCUGAGUGCUACGAUUGAAACAUUCAACACCAUGCCUGGACUAAGAGGUUAGAUUUGAACCCAGAUCUUUGAAUCUGCUUUACUUUUCAGUGCUUAACUGAGUAGGAGAAACAUGAAGGCAAACCCAGCCAGCUUCCAGGUGUUCCAGAGCCUGUGAAGAAUGAUUUUAAUAUGUGUGUGUGUGUGUGUGUGUGUCUGUGCUCGUGAGUGUGCUUUUGUACAUGCAUGAGCAUGCAUACGUGGGUGCCCUUAGAGACCAGAAGAGGGCAUUGAAUCCCCUUCAGCUGGACUUACAGGCUGUUGUGGGUACUAGAAACUAAACUUGGGUCAUCUGUAAGCCAUCUCUCCAGCCCCCUUUUUAUGGUUUUAAAACAUUAUUAUUAUUAUUAUUAUUUAUCAUUGUUAUUGAGAUAGGAUCACCUUUAGUAUCCCAGACUGGCCUGGAACUUUCUGUGUAACUCUGGCUUUCCUGAAUUCACAGCAAACUGCCUGUCUCAAACAUCAAUCAGUGGGAAUUGUAGGUAUGGUGAGUCAACUUUCAGCAUACUGUAGAAAUAUAGUACAUAGCUAAACAUGACUGCUUCAGCACCCCAGGCAUCUGUUUGCCAUUAGACUCACCAAAUAAUAGAGAAGUAAAAAUAAUAUAAAUUAGUAAGGGGAAAGAAGACAGAUAUUUGUAUACCAAAAAGCCUGACAAAAAGCCUGACAAUGUUUUAAAACAUGACAGAGGUUGGAAGCUUGUCUUAGCAGAGAAUUAAAAAUCAAAAUUACAUGUUCCUAAAGAGAGGGGAGGGUAAGCAAGGCAGAACGUCCCCAGCACUAGGAAAGGCGCGGUGAGGUGUUGGGCUAACCUUGGAUGCGGUAUUGGACAGUUUGUAUCAGGAGAUGUGAGCUGCUCCUCUCCACAGACCUCAUCCACCCCUGCAGCCACCCUUCUGGAUUGUGGCGGUAUCUGGGAUGUGGUGGUAGGGUGACAAGGAAGACAGAUUGGACCAGAAGCUCUAGACCUCAGGGGCAACAGAAAAGAUAGGAAUAGGGACUGGGUCAAAAAUAGAGCUAAAGCCACAGAAAAUGUUGGCUGUCGCCUGCAGAUAAUCAUAUACCCUGUCCCCAGCAGCCUACCCUUCGGAUGGGCUUUGCCUGUCCUUAGAGGUCACUGUUUGCUACCCAGUGUGCUUUGUUACUUUUAAGAGAGUAGGAACACUUGUACUGUGUAGCAGAUCUGGUGUCCUCUUUUACCCUUCAUGCUGCAGAGUAUCUAAUUUUCAUGUGUUUUUGAGAUAUGAAAGGCUCCCUGGAACCCUCACCACAGCUUGUCUGAAGUCCCUGCUGUGCCCUCCCUGGUGGGAGAGGAGUGUGCCAGCUUUUUAGAUUUGACUAAUAAAAGCCCACUCUGAAGUAAUCAGUGGAACCAACAACUGUGGGUCAGCUUGGUGAAAACCAGCAUCUAUGUGAAAUUCAGCUUUCCGGGUCAUAAACAAGGUUUAUCUCCUCAAUGAAUACUUUCUUAGUUUUUGAGACAGGGUCUCACUUUGUAGCUCUGGCUGACCUAGAACUUACCAUGUAGACCAGGCUGAUCUCGAACUUAAGAGAUCUACCUGCCUCUGCCGCCUGAGUGCUAGGACUAAAGGUGUGCACCACCAUGGCAGCUUUACAUAUUUUCAAUAAAGUUCUUUCUGAUAAA